ACCCGGGCGUCCCUGGGAAAACUGAGGGGAAAAAUACUUCCGCACACGAGCAGUGGAGAGUUGAAGUGUUCUCCGUUCCUUGGGCUCGACCGGUGACACUUCAGUGCUUGGGGGACACCUGAAAGGCAGAGACCAGCUUGUUGACUCAUGGAAAGGAAAGAAAAUUUUACGUAACCCCUACGCGCGGGGGCUUUCGACUCAGAGGAAGCCCGGCAAGGGCGGAGCAGCUUUGCUGAGGGCCCCAGGUGUGGCGAGGGUGUCCUGCGGCGUAGUUUGCCUUGCUGUUGCGGGUUGUGUGUGCUACCCUGUGGGGAGGCUGUGCCGUUGCGUUGAAAACUGUGCUUCGCCGCCUACCAGGAGCCUUUUGGCUUGCAGACAACAGUAAGCCCCUUCAGGGUAGCGGAGAAGAGAACCAGUAUAUCCAGGAAACUGCUGUAUGACAGACAUGGUGUCAUGCACUUUUAAAAGAGCAUGACGUUUGUUUCUUACAGUUACCCUGUGAGGGAAGACUAAUUGAAGCUGUGGGUCCCUCUUGCACAUUCCUGCCUGUCUCGGUCUCCAGCUGCCCUGGUUAAAAUCUACAAAAGUCUAACCUAGGGCCACAGGAGAUGGUGAGUUCAUAGAAUUGCGGUCCAACGUGCAAGUUCCAGCUGAAGGAUUUGUUGCUUCUCUGCCCUCCAGUCUAUCUUUCUUUUCUUAGGAAAGAAGAAAGAGAUUAAUCCUCGGAAGAGACUCUCCUGACUUGGGACUUUUUACACUAUUUCAGGACAGAGACAACUCUGUCUUUCCUAGCUAAAGAAAGUAGGGCUUCACUGGUGGUGUUACAUCUAGGGACUAUGAAGGAUUUUGGAGUGUCCCAAACAUUUGAGGAGAAAGGGAUCAGUGACAUUCCAGAACAUAGCUGUGGACUUCACCCUGGAAGAGUGGCAGCUGCUUGACUGUGCUCAGAGGCAGCUGUAUUGUGAUGUGAUGCUGGAGAACCUGAGAAACCUAAUCUCAGUGGGAUGUCCAUUUACUAACACAAAAGUGAUCUUCAGGGUAGAGCAAGGACAAGAGCUUUGGAUGGUGGAGGGAGAGAACCGAUGUUGGAACUAUCCAGAAGUUGACUGCUUACUUGAUGAUGAACUAGAGAGACAAUGGGGAAGCACAGAUAAUUUUUUGAACCCAGAUGUGUUCACUUUCAAGGAAACAUUGACUAAGGAGAAAGUCGAAAAUUAUAAUCCAAAUAUAAAUCUUACUUCUUCAAGAAAAAAACAUGAAUGUGAAUCAAAUGGAAAGAGUUUGGAACCUAAUUUCGACUUAUUCAGUUAUAAUAAAAGUUAUGCUAAAGAAAACACUUAUGAAUGCAAUGACUGCGGGAAAGCUUUCAAAAAGAAAUGUUAUCUAAUUAGACAUAAAAAACAACAUUCAAAGAAAAAAACCUUUGAGUACAAUGGAUGUGAGAAAGCCUAUAGUAGAAAGGCACACCUUGUAAGUCAUCAGAAAAUUUAUAAUGGAGAGAGAUGCUUUGUGUGCAGUGAUUGUGGGAAAGCCUAUAGCAGGAAGGCACACCUUGUAACUCAUCAAAAAAUUCAUAAUGGAGAGAGACCCUUUGUGUGCAGUGAUUGUGGGAAAGCUUUUAUGCAUAAAGCACAACUUGUGGUCCAUCGGAGACUUCACACUGGAGAGAAACCUUAUGAGUGCAGUCAGUGUGGGAGGACAUUCACUUGGCACUCCUCCUUUACUCAACAUGUGAAGUCUCAUUCACUUGAGAACUUAUUUGAAUGUAAGGAAUGUGGGAAAACCUACAAGUACAGUUCAUCCCUUUAUAAGCAUGCUAGAUGUCAUACAGGAGAGAAACCAUACUGUUGUAGAAAAUGUGGCAAAGCCUUUGCAAACUCAUCAGUGCUUGUUAUGCAUCAGAGAAUUCAUACAGGAGAGAAACCCCAUGGAUGUACUGAAUGUGGCAAAGCCUUCAUCAAGAAGUCUCAUCUCCUUAAACAUUGCUUAAUUCAUACGGCAGAGCAUCAACAUGAAUGUAACAUAUGUGGGAAAUUUUUUCACCGGAAGCCAAACCUCAUUUUUCAUCAAAGAAGUCAUAAAAAAAAGGAAGGCUUAUGAAUGUGGGAAAACUUAAAAUCUUAGGCAAGAGAGAAUUAAUAAUUGUUAAAACUCUAUUGAUUGAGUAUGGAAGAGCAUGUGAAAUUCAUAUUCUGUGAUAUUACUAAUUUUAUUAAAGAUUACAGAAAAAUUUGAAUUAUAUAUGGUAGACAAUUUUACUGUUGAGUAUAAAACUUGGGAAGUUGUGAAAAAUUGAAUGAUCAUGGCAUCAGAGUGACAAUUACAUGUAUGCAUUGCCUCUGAUUUAUGACUUUUACACAAAUGCUAGAAUUGCUUCAGAAAUCUAUACUUAGGUUUGAAAUAUAUUGUGCACAUUAUACAAAAUUAUACCUAUCAAAAGAAUUUGUGGUAAACAUUUGUCUCUUCAAAUCCUAAAAAAAUCACUAUUUCCAAACUUUUGACACCGAAUAUUCUAGUGUAUAUAUUUAGCUACACUAAAGCUUUCUAUUGUUGACUUCAUUCUUUUCUUCACCAGCAUAACCUUAAGCCCAGAAUAUGAUUAUGAUUUGGCAAGAAGAAAGCCACAACUGUUACAUAUAGCUCAAAAUGAGCAUGAUAUUGAAUCUCUAGAAGGCUGUUUUUCUUUAUUUGAAGUCUGUGUCUUUGUGUAGUUGUCAAAAUCAUGUCUGAAACAGCCACACAUAAUGUACACAGACUACCCUUUUACUUUUUACAUCCACUUUCCUUCUAGAAUAUGUUAUACCUUGAGAUAUUUUUACUUUUACUUUUUCUCCUAUUUAACAGGAACAGUCAGAAAUGUCACUUUUGGUGGGGGAAAAGAAGAGGGAGUUUUUGCUUAAUGGGUGCAGUUUCUGUUUGAGAUGAUGAAAAGUUGGGGUAAUGUAUGUUGGUGAUGGUAGCAUAAUAUUGUGAAUGUAAUUAAUAUCAGUGUACACUUGAAAGUGGUUACAAUGGGAAAUUUUGAGUUGUGUAAUGU